AUGACCCGAGACGAAGAAGCAAGCGCACAGCACGAACAGCAGCAGCAGCAGCCGGAGGCUUCCACUGCUACAGCUGCCGCUGCUUCCAGCGACACCCGAGCCCAACAGCAAGCGCAGGAGCACCAACAACAAGAGCAAGAGCAAGCACGAAGAGGAAGAGAUGAGGGGGAGCCAAGGGUAACGCCAGCACGGACGCAGGAUGGCGCUCGCAAACCACAACGAACCCCAUCUUCAAUUGCCAGAGCACGAUGGCGUCAAGCGGGCACUGCCAUCCAGGCCGUGAACCGGUUCAAGGGCAUUCCUGCCUUGCUGCCGCGCGCAGACAUGAGCGACCGUGCCCAGUUUCCUGACACACAGUUGCACCGAGCUGUUGGCUGGUCUGUUGGAGCCAUGUUCGCCAUCAUCCUCAUCAGCUACGUGGCCACCCUCUCCUACCGGCCUUUCCACAACGCCAACGAAGCAGCCUUUGACUUUGUGGCAGUGCACUCGCUCCCCCUGCUGGGACUUGUGGCCGUCAUCCUACAUCUUGCCAAGAGCUUUGUGCGUGCAGGCACUGCCCUGUACAGUCGCGCAUUCAACCGCCUUCCCAUCCAUCUUCAGUCGGCGUUCAGCAAGAUCUUCGUCGCGACAUGUGCGGACUUUUUCGUGUUUGUGUGGGCAUUUGACGUGCUGUGGAUCCGUGACUAUGGUCGAGACUACGACACGGCAUGGUUUGCACAGGUGACGCCGAUUGUGCUUGUGCUGUACGUUGGCUUGAGCAUUCUUGAUUUGCACCAGCGCCACAACUGGGCUUGGGCCGCAGUGCUGCAUCACGUCUGCCUCAUGACGGCACCGGCCAUGUUCCUGGACGGCGGCCUGCGCCAUCGCUUCUGCUCGACUGGACCAGGAGAGGAAAACUGCAAAGCUGCAGUCCUGCGCAUCUUUGGCGUGCAGCUGUGGGGUGAGUCUUUCGAUCUCGUCCUCGGCAUUGCGUACAUCAUUUACUUGACCGGCUGCCGUACUCGCACCCUUCGCGACGCCUUCUCUGCGGGGCUGGUCUUCUUCUUCAUCUCCAAAGUCUACGCCUUUGUACACAGCUUGGUUCUCUUCAUCAUCGACUUUGAUUCCUUUGAGCCCUUUUUCCAGGCGUGGUACAUUGUGAGCAUCGUGAUUCUGGUGCUGUGUCAGGCGUUUGAAAUGUUUGGUGUGUUGGUUCUUCUUGGGCGCCUUGACAUCCUUCAUGACUACGUCGCCAACACAUCAGAGGCCGACGAUGUGCAUGCCUCUGAAUGGACACCGAGCAUGUGGUCCUGCGCCAAGAUUGCUGCAAAGGCACACGAGAGCGCGUAUCGCACUUACGUCUCCCAGGUGCAAGGGUACAAGGUCCCUUUGCUGAUAUCUGUCUGGGACGACAUGAUCAUUGGCGCCGAGUACGCAAGCCGCAAGCGCGCCGCCGCCCAGCACGACCGGCGCUCUCGAGCGAGCCCAUCAGCAGCCCGAAGACAGCGGUCGUCUCGCCGUCACGGCCAGCCCUCACACACAGGCAGCAGCGUGCUUGCAAGCAACCACAGCGGAGACCAAGGAGGAGAAGGAGAAGAUGGCGAGGUGCUUGAAUUUGAGCGCAGUGAGGACGGCUCUCCCAUCACGCACACCAUGGAGGAACUCCUGGCGUAUCUCAACGGCACCUCCAGCCACGACAUGUUUGACUCGGUCGCUGUCUAG